AUGUCCGGCUACGACCGAGCUCUUUCAGGCACUUGUGCUGUCGGUGUGAAAGGCAAGGACAUCGUCGUACUCGGUUGCGAGAAGCGCUCCGCUCUCAAACUCCAAGAUACCCGCAUUACCCCCUCGAAGAUUGCCCAAGUGGAUGACCACGUAUGCCUGGCUUUUGCUGGCUUGAACGCCGACGCCCGCAUUCUGAUCGACAAGGCACGGUUAGAAGCCCAGUCGCAUCGUCUGACCGUGGAAGACCCCGUCACCAUCGAAUAUAUCACCAAACACAUCGCCAGUGUACAACAGAAAUAUACACAGAGUGGUGGUGUCCGUCCAUUUGGUAUUAGUACGUUGGUUGUUGGAUUCGACAAGAACGAUGCCACUCCUAGACUGUACCAAACCGAACCCUCCGGUAUCUACUCAGCUUGGUACCGAAACCACCAGGAUGAGAUGGACCGCGAGCAGACUAUCCAGCUGACCAUCAAGUCAUUGCUGGAAGUCGUGCAAACCGGUGCCAAGAACAUCGAGGUCGCGAUCAUGGCCCCCGGUAAGCGCGUUGAGAUGCUUCCGGAUGACCAAAUCGAAUCCUACGUGAAGAGCAUCGAGACGGAGAAGCAGGAAGAGGCAGCAAAGAAGAAGUCCCGCGCAGGGACCACUACGGCAGCUAUCCUCACCCGCCCCGGUGGUGGCGAGGCGGCGGAGUAA